GCAUUGUAUCCCCAAGGCAUUCUAAAUCAUUGGUAUUAUGGCAUCACCCAUGUUCUUCCUCCUGCUGCUCCAGUCUUUUCUUGUUUCUACUUCCGCUUCUUCCACCACUUCUUUAGUUAAUCAAACAGAAACUCUUCUCAAAUGGAAAGCCAGUCUUGACGACCAAAGCCAAAGCUUCCUCUCUUCUUGGGUUGGGAACAACCCCUGCAAUUGGGUUGGAAUUGCUUGUGAUGGAGUUGGAAGCGUCACCAACAUAAGCCUUUCAAAUUUUGGUCUCAAAGGUACACUCGACAACCUUAACUUCUUGGCCUUCCCCAACCUAAUUCGCUUUGAUGUUGGUAAUAAUUCACUUCAUGGGGCCAUUCCUUCUGACAUCGUUAACUUGUCCAAACUCACUUUUUUAAAUUUGUCUUCUAAUGAUAAUUUUUCUGGAAAUAUUCCCAAGGAUAUAGGAAGGUUGAGUUUGCUUACCGCACUUGACCUUGCUUGGAACCAACUUAAUGGUUCACUUCCUGUUUCUGUAGGAAAUUUAAGCAAUUUGUCUUACCUAGGAAUCAGUGGCAAUAACCUCAGCGGUUCCUUGCCUCAAGAAGUUGGAAUGAUGAGAUCACUUCUUGUGGUUCAUUUAGCAUUGAAUUCCUUUACUGGUCCAAUCCCUGCAUCAAUAGGAAAUUUAAGCAAUUGUCGAGAUCUUUACCUCUUUGGAAAUGAGCUAUCUGGUUCUAUUCCAACAGACAUAGGAAGGAUGAGUUCACUUAAGCAACUUCACCUUCUAGUCAAUAGGCUCAAUGGUUCUAUACCUCAAGAAGUUGGGAUGAUAAGAUAUCUUAUUUUGCUUGAUUUUUCCAAUAACGCCCUAACUGGUAUGAUACCGAAAGCAAUCGAAAAUUUUAGCCAUUUAAGACAUCUUUACCUUUAUGGAAAUGAGCUCUCUGGUUCUAUUCCUCGUGAAAUAGGAAUGAUUCAAUCACUUCUCGACUUGCAGUUGUUAGGAAAUAAUCUCAAAGGUGUUAUACCGACUUCCAUAGGAAACCUAACCAGUUUAGCCACUCUUCUUCUCUGGGAUAACGAGUUAAUUGGCUCAAUACCAUCAGAAAUAGGAUUUCUCAACUCUCUCACUAAUCUUGCUUUGCAUGAUAACAGUUUCUCUGGUCCAAUCCCAGCUUCUUUAGGAAAUCUAACCAGUUUAAACAAUCUUCGUCUCUCUAAGAACAUGCUUUCUGGUCCAAUCCCAACUUCUUUAGGAAAUCUAGCCAGUUUAAACAAUCUUUCUCUCUCUGAGAACAUGCUUUCUGGUCCAAUCCCAGCUUCUUUAGGAAAUCUAAGCAGUUUAAGUAUUCUUUCUCUCUACGAAGACAUGCUUUCUGGUCCAAUCCCAGCUUCCAUAGGAAAAUUGACAAGACUUACUAUUUUACAGCUUAGAGGAAACUCUUUGUCUGGUCCUAUUCCAGUGUAAAUGAAUAACCUCACUGUUUUGGAAUUAAUCUUUACAAUUAAGUGAUAAUUAACUCACUGGCCAUGUACCUGACAAUUAUGGAGGAGAAUGAGCAAUCACAGUAUAAGAAAGUUAGUGGAGUUAA